GGUGCGCUCGGCAGUUCACCAAUAAGGGCAGGACGCAGGAGGCAAGGAGAUUUUAUUCUGAUUCACUGAAAGUCAAAGAGGAAGAUGGCAAGUGGGUUUGAAGAUGUGACCAUGUCUUUGGAUUAUAACACCAUGACGGAAUAUGACGACUACGACACCGGCCCCACGGAAGAUUCAGGACUGUGCAUCAAAAGUUCAGUUCGGUUAUUCAGGGGAUACUAUGAGCCCCCACUCUACUGGAUCAUUUUUGUCUUGGGAGCUGUGGGAAAUCUGAUGGUUACAUGGAUCUACAUACACGUUCGUAACCGCCUGAAGACCAUGACAGAUGUUUACCUGCUUAACCUGGCCAUUGCUGACCUCCUUUUCCUGGGAACUUUACCCUUCUGGGCCACUGAUGCAACCUCUGGCUGGAUCUUUGGCUCCGGCUUGUGCAAGGUUGUGUCAGCCAUCUACAAGAUCAAUUUCUUCAGCAGCAUGAUGCUGCUGACCUGCAUCAGCGUGGACCGUUACAUAGCUAUUGUGCAAGCCACCAAGGCCCAGAACUUGAAGAAGAAGCGGCUCUUCUACAGCAAGCUGGUCUGCAUGGGUGUCUGGAUGUUGUCUGGCCUGCUUACCAUCCCCGAGUUCCUCUUUGCCCAAGUGAAGUCUUAUGAAGACAGGUUCUUCUGUACCAUGGUGUACUGGAACAACCAAAACAAUGUCACCAAGAUCCUGGUCUUGUCCUUGCAGAUCUGCAUGGGCUUCUGCCUGCCCUUCUUGGUCAUGUGUUUUUGCUACUCCGUCAUCAUCCGUACCCUACUCCAGGCCAAGAAUUUUGAAAAGCACAAGGCCCUGCGGGUGAUCUUUGCAGUAGUUGCAGUAUUUGUUCUCUCCCAGCUGCCUUAUAACAGCAUGCUGGUGGUGGAGGCCACACAAGCGGCUAACACCACCCAGAUGGAGUGCGAGACGUCCCGCCAUUUCGACAUUGCCAGCCAGGUUCUGAAGAGCCUGGCUUACACCCACAGCUGCCUCAACCCGAUCCUUUAUGCCUUCAUUGGCGUGCGCUUUCGCAAGGAUCUCCUCAGUAUUCUGAGGGUGUGCACCUUUGGCCUCGGCCAGAGCAGCGUCAGCAAGCUACAAGGUGUCCCCAAGCGCCCAUCUGUCAUGUCCGACACAGAUACGACCCCAGCACUCUCGUUAUAACCAUCUUCUCAGUCUUCGUAACUCUGCAUAGCUCUCAAUGGCAAUGUUUUUGAGGACAGGAUGAACAAGUGUUUUUUUUUUCCAGAUUAGACCCUCUACAAGAAAUAGGUAGGGCUUCUUCUUGAGCAUGUGCACAAGGACUCAGUCUCUUAUAGCUCUUGGUAAUCCUUCAUGUACCAAGUAGAUAUUGUUUGCUUGUACUGUUUUUGCACAAAUCCUGAAAUUUAGGCAGAGUGACUGCUUAAAUAAUUCAUUAGCGAUGUCAUGGCAGGGCGAGACUUUGGUUCAAAUCUUUGAAAAGUUACGUUUUUAUCUCGGAAUUCUCAUUGACAUCAAGUUUAUCAUUCACUUGCUUUUUGGGCUUCACUGAAACAAUAUAGAGGAACGUAAAAUGACGACAGUGGCUAUUACAGGGCAUCUUCGCUGAGUGGCAAAGACAGAUGGCAGUGACAUGCCAGAGGGUACCAGACUAGUUUGUGCAAGAAAACACAGCAUUGAAAGGUUCCCUAAAAAUGCACAAAUCCUAUUGUAAGUAGUUGUGUAUAGAUGUUACCGUAGCAACAUAUUAGUUGUAUGUUUUGUUCCUUAGAUGUUUAAAACCAACUCAUCAUGGAAACUGUAUUGUUGGGUUUUGUUUUUCCUACCUGUAAAUAUCGAAAUAAAA